AUGGAGACUGGACAGAGAGGGUCUCGCAAAGUCCGGAAGCUGGGCUCCAGCCGGCGGCGGCAGACAAGGGAGCCAGCCGACGGCGAAGAUGCUGCGGUGGCCCCAGAGCCAGAGUCCUGGUCAUCUCAGGCAGCGGCAGAACUGCAGGCCUUCUUCCAGGACUGCGGUGCCAAGGAGAGGGGCUUUGUCACCCGCGAGGACCUGGCGGUGGCCAAGUUCAGCUUCCUGGGUGGUGAGGAGCCAGAGAUGAUCUUCGACUGGGUGGAUGUGGAGCAGAAGGGACGCCUGUCCCUGGAAGAAUUCAGCUCUGGACUCAAAAACAUCGUUGGCUCCAGCCAGAGCGCCCAGAGGCUCCGCAGAAGGAAGCCACUGCCUUCUAAGCGGGUAUCUGCUACCACCAGCUUCCCAGCACUGGAGGAGGCCGACGAGGAGGAGAAGGAGGCGUUCCUUGCCUUCAUGGAGCAGCUGGGGACUGGACACUUACUUCCCAAGCAGACGGAAAUCUGGCAGCUGUGGGGGAAGCUGCGGCAGGAGGAGCCCCAGCUGGCAGGCAACCUGGCGGGCUUUAUGGCCAAGAUGACCAGCUGCCUGCAGGAGGCCCAGGCAGAGAAAGAGGCCCUGGAGCUGACCCUGAGGAAGCGAGACUCUGACCACCACCGCGAGGUGCAGCAGCUCUAUGAGGAGAUGGAGCAGCAGAUCCAGCAGGAGAAGCAGCAGCUGCAGGCUGAGAGCGACUCUCGGGGUCUGGCCUUCACCUCCCAGAUGCAGGACAUCCUAGAGGCCAAGGAGCGAGAGGUGCAGCGACUAGCUGAGGGCCAGAGGGAGCUGGAGGCCCAGCUCUCCCACCUCAGGAGCACACAUCAGGAGGCUGCCUCAGAGAACCAGCAGCUGCGGGAGGCCAAGCGUGACCUGGCUGGGAGGCUGGAGGAGGUGCGGGGGCAGCUGCAGGUGACCAAGGGGCGCCUUGACACCGCCAGAGGCCGGGUGUCCUGGCAGAUGGAGGAGAAACUGAGUGUUCCUGGAGCAGGUGAAAAGGCCCCAGACCCUCAAGCUGUCUCCCCUGAGGAGGGCCCCCUGCCUGGGCUGUUUGGGGACAACGAUGACUGGGACCAGCUCCUGAGCAGCUUUGGCAGCCCUCCGCAUGGAGCCCUGCAGCUCUGCUGGAGCCCACCCCCGAGCCCGAGAGCCGCCCCGGGCCCCGAGACACCCCGCGUGGUCAGGCAGAUCUCCAUCUCGGGGCCGCACACUCUGCUGUUUGGUCAGGAGCCACCUUCAGAUCCAGAUAGGGGUCCAAGGACCCCUCCUGGGGUGCCUUUCAGUGCCAAGGACAGUGAAGGAAUGGACCCAGAUGAGCAGGACAAUCGGGACGUUACCACAGAGCAGCCUGUUGAGACUCAGGACCAGGACGCCAACCAGGAGUCGGGGUCCAGACCUGAGGGCCGCCUCCUCUGGGGUCUCCCGGGACCCCCAGGUGGGGAGUCGGGAAGCCGGGUGGCAGCUGCAUUCAAAGUGCUCAUUCCAUUGGAGGAUGGGCUCCCUCCCCAAGUGAACGCUCCCCCUCCUCAGGGCCCAGCUGGGUCCAGCAAACAGAUCCAGGCCUCAGACUCAGAUAACAAGGGCCCUGGGUCUUGGGCUCCUCCCAGCGGGGCUCAGCCUGGGGCUGGAGCAGGACCCCAGGAACCCACACAGACCCCUCCCACCAUGACUGAGCGGGAAACCCAGCCUGGACCCUCACCCACAACUGCCCUCGAAGGAGUGGGCCCAGGCAAGCCGCCUAGGCAAAGAGAGGCCCUCCAGCAAGACCGGCGUGCCACUGGCUCUGGGCUAGGAUUGGGGUUCCAGAGGGCCAGAGCCCUUAGCCUGGGGCCAGCUGAGCCCUUCCAGGGCCUGGCAUCUGUGGGUCCGGUGCCCACAGAGAGGCUGGAGCAGGGCCAGGCAGGCCCAGCGGUGCAGGACGGCCUUCCUGAGGGGCUCAGAGAAGCUCGUGGCUGGGUUCUUGGGCUGGGUGAGCUGCCUUCUCUCCCCCACCGGGGGCUGGAAGAGGAACCCAGGGCUGAGGAAGGAGAACAGGUGGACCGAGGUGGGCAGGACCUCAGUUCAGAGCAGUUGGUUGAGGCUCACCGCCUGGAAACUGCGCGUUUGGAACACCCUCAGCAAGAGUCUCUGCUUGUUUCUCUCCCGUCUGCCACACCCCAGGCUCGGGCAGACGCUGAAGCCCCUGCUCCUGGAAAACCAGCACCUCCUCCCGUCAGGGCUCAGCCUGGGGCAGGACCCCAGGAAGCCACGCACACCCCUCCCACCGUGGCCGAGCCGGAAGCCCAACCCAGGCCACCGCUCAUGACCACUCACACAGAAGAACAAGGCCUCCCUCACUCCAGGGAGCCGAGGGCAGAAAGCAUGCUUGAAGAUCCAGGAACAGACUCCAGGGGGGCUGGGCUGACCCCGCCCCCAGGUGACCCCAUGGCCGGAAGGCCCCAGGCCAACCCUGAUUACCUCUUCCAUGUCAUCUUCCUGGGAGACUCCAAUGUGGGCAAAACGUCGUUUCUGCACCUGCUGCACCAGAACUCCUUUGCCACCGGAUUGACAGCUACCGUGGGAGUUGAUUUUCGGGUCAAAACCCUGCUGGUGGACAACAAGUGCUUUUUGCUACAGCUCUGGGACACGGCUGGCCAAGAGAGGUACCACAGCAUGACACGGCAGCUGCUCCGCAAGGCUGACGGGGUGGUGCUCAUGUACGACGUCACCUCCCAGGAGAGCUUUGCCCACGUGCGCUACUGGCUAGACUGUCUUCAGGAUGCAGGGGCUGAUGGGGUGACCAUCCUUCUCCUGGGAAACAAGAUGGACUGUGAGGAGGAACGGCGAGUGCCCACUGAAGCCGGGCAGCAGCUGGCCCAGGAGCUGGGGGUCUCUUUUGGGGAGUGCAGCGCUGCCUUGGGUCACAACAUCCUGGAGCCCAUGGUACACCUGGCCAGGUCACUCAGGAUGCAAGAAGACGGCCUGAAGGGCUCGCUGGUGGAGGUGGCCCCCAAGAGGCCACCCAAGAGAUCUGGCUGUUGCUCCUGAUCGCCUGUCCUGUCCCGGGUAGGAUGGACACCCCCGGGGUUUCCUGUCCCUCAGCUCCUGUCCU